GAUCAUUUUGGGCGCACACUAGUUGGUCACACGGCAUGUUACAUCAUGUGCAACCAAAAUAACUAAAUUGUAUUAUAAAUUUGCCGCAAUAAAAGCUUUUCUAGCGCCCCAGCAUCUGGACUCCAUCGGCCCGAGCGGUGGCAAUGUACUUGCAUUCUAAGGUUGAGCAAAGCUAUCCAAGCAUCUGCAUCUAAGCCGGGCGCGCCGAAGACGUACCAAGUAAACGAAACACGCAGGCAGCGCAUCAAUAAAUACAAAUAAGAAAUCUAGCAAAUAAAACAAUAAACGCGCGAUGAGCGAGAGCAGUAACAAUCAGUUUUGUGACGUUGAUUUUUGAGCAAGCCCCAAAAAAAAAAAUAUAAAAAACAAACAAAAAGUCCCGAGCACAUUCAGAAAGAAGCAGGAGCACGCCACACAGAGUAUUUUUCAUUAAUUUUGAGUUCAGUGCGGUCAGCCUAUUUUUGUGUUUCUCCGGACACAGACGUGCAGUGCGUUCCUUGGAGUUCCAGGAGCGGGAGCUGGUGGAGUCCCAGCAAAAUUGUAUCCAUUGGCUGCAUACCUUUUGUUUUGUAUCGCAAUUCUCUUUUAUUCUUAAAUCCAAACAACGCAAUCGAAUCCCAAUUUGGACAUCGAAAUGGCGGCAUACUUGAACCGCACUAUCUCGCUGGUCACCGGGCAAACGGGCCCCACCGCCGACGAUGACGACCGUCACUCCUCGUCCACGGACACAUCGCUGACAACAACGGGCUCAAUGACGCCGGCUCCAAACUUCUUGCCGGAAACGCGGCUCUAUCAAUCCAAUGACAAAUCACCCCUCCAGAUCUUUGUGCGGGCCAAGAAGAAGAUCAAUGAUAUAUACGGCGAGAUCGAGGAGUAUGUCCUGGAGACGACCACAUUUAUCAAUGCUUUGCAUGCGGAGGCAGAGAUUGUGGACAAGGCUGAAAGGGAACUCUUCGAGAGCUAUGUGUACAAGGUGGCCGCUAUUCGCGAAGUCCUGCAGCGGGAUCACAUGAAGGUCGCCUUCUUUGGACGCACCUCCAACGGCAAGAGCUCAGUGAUUAAUGCCAUGCUGCGUGAGAAGAUCCUUCCCAGCGGUAUAGGACACACAACAAAUUGCUUUUGCCAGGUUGAAGGCAGCAAUGGGGGCGAGGCCUACCUCAUGAAGGAAGGAUCCGACGAGAAGCUCAAUGUGGUGAAUAUCAAACAAUUGGCGAAUGCCCUAUGCCAGGAGAAGCUAUGCGAGAGCAGCUUAGUUCGCAUCUUUUGGCCCCGGGAACGCUGCAGCCUGCUGCGUGAUGAUGUCGUCUUUGUGGACUCACCUGGCGUGGAUGUAUCGGCCAAUUUAGACGAUUGGAUUGAUAAUCAUUGCCUGAAUGCCGAUGUCUUUGUUCUGGUGCUGAAUGCGGAAUCCACAAUGACGCGAGCGGAGAAGCAAUUCUUUCACACCGUCUCUCAAAAGCUUAGCAAGCCGAAUAUUUUCAUUUUGAACAAUCGCUGGGAUGCGUCGGCCAAUGAGCCAGAGUGCCAAGAGUCGGAACUGGCUAAGGUUAAAUCCCAGCACACCGAACGCUGCAUCGACUUCCUCACCAAGGAGCUGAAGGUGAGCAACGAAAAAGAGGCGACCGAGCGCGUAUUCUUCGUUUCCGCCCGCGAAACACUGCAGGCACGCAUUGAGGAGGCAAAGGGCAAUCCGCCACAUAUGGGCGCCAUUGCCGAGGGCUUCCAGAUGCGCUACUUUGAGUUCCAGGACUUUGAGCGCAAGUUCGAGGAGUGCAUCUCUCAGAGUGCCGUUAAGACCAAGUUCCAGCAGCACAGUUCGCGCGGCAAGAGCGUGUCGGGUGAUAUGCGCUCCAUGUUGGAUAAUAUCUAUGAACGUAUCACGAUAUUCCGCAACCUGAAGCAAGACCAAAAGAACAUGCUCACGGAACGUAUCCAGGGAACAGAGACCCAAAUGAUGCAGGUCACACGCGAAAUGAAAAUGAAGAUCCACAAUAUGGUCGAGGAGGUGGAGGAGAAGGUGUCAAAGGCUCUAAACGAGGAGAUCUGGCGACUGGGCGUCCUCAUCGAUGAGUUCAAUAUGCCCUUCCAUCCGGAACGCCUUGUGCUCAAUAUCUACAAGAAGGAAUUGAAUGCCCAUGUGGAGAGCGGGCUGGGCAGCAAUCUGCGUGCUCGCCUCUCCAUGGCCCUGGCCAUGAACGUGGAGUCGGCCCAAACAGAGAUGACCGACCGCAUGCAUGCGCUGGUGCCCAACGAACAGCUGCUGGCCACCAGCACCAAAAUGGUGGUGCGCACUCAGCCCUUCGAGAUGCUCUACUCGCUGAACUGUCAGAAUUUGUGUGCAGACUUUCAGGAGGAUCUCGAGUUCAAGUUCAGUUGGGGCAUUGCUGCCAUGAUUCAGCGUUUCACCGGCAAGGUGCGCGAGCGCAGCAAGAAGAACCAGCCGGCCUUGGUCAAUCGUCAGAGCAGUAUUGGGCACAGCGUUGUGACGCCCGCCAGCACGCCCGUGGAGGCGACAACUCCUGUGUGCCUCUUGCCCGGUCCAAGUGUGGCUGGAAUAACACCCGAGCAGCUAUCGGUGAUCUCACGGUUUGCCAUGACCUCCAUCGGAUCGCAGGGCACCGUUGGCGGUCUUGUGGUUGCUGGCAUCGUGCUAUUGAAUCAAUAUCGGAUGAAAAAAUGCCCUUUCCAGAUGCUGAAAACCAUAGGUUGGCGUGUCCUGGUCGGUGUAGGUGCCCUCUACGGCUGCAUCUAUUUGUACGAACGACUCUCGUGGACGAAUUCAGCUAAGGAGCGGACCUUUAAGAGCCAAUACGUGCGGCAUGCCACCAAGAAGCUCAAGAUGAUUGUCGAUCUUACCUCGGCAAAUUGCAGUCAUCAAGUGCAGCAGGAACUGUCAAGCACCUUUGCCCGCUUGUGCCGCACCGUUGAUACCGCCACCACGGACAUGAACGAGGAGCUAAAGACUCUGGAGUCGCAGCUCAAUGUCCUUGAGGGCAAUCAGAAGCAGCUUAAGCUGCUGCGCAACAAGGCCAACUACAUACAGAACGAGCUGGACAUAUUCGAGCACAACUAUAUCUCGCCGCAAUAAGAAUGGAUCCUAGAAAGAGAUUAUGUAGACGAAAAGUAUGUGGUUGGACUGUGGGUUCCUCUGAUCAGAAGCUUUUAAAAGAGGGGAAAUCCACGCCUCUUACGGCAACGACAACAAUUGUAUCCGGUUUAUUUUCUCGCACUAUUUUGUUUUUUUUUUUUUCUCUCUUGUAUAAAUGCAUGAUCCGACCAAUCGAUUUGUACAAUUUUUAUAUUAUUUUUUAUAGAAACAAAUUGUUGAGAAUUGCCAAAUUUUGUGAGAUUCCCAACGCUUAUGCAAACAGAAACAAAAUUCUAGAGUAGUAAUUAUUGUAAUUUUUUUAGCUCUUGAAUUGUUGUUGUUGUAAUAUACAUAUAUGUACUAAUAACCAAUGUCCGGAUGCCAUGACAUGGCCAUGGAAAUCCUAAUUGAAUUGAACUAUAAAGUCACCAUGCCUCCUCCUCAUAUAACGAAUGCAAA